CUAGGUGUUGUGUUCUGAGCUGGAGGUGUUAGCAGCUAUGCACACGUAGUGCUUAUAAUUCUGUGACUUACAAGUGGAAGUAUCAUACCCCAGUGAACAGAUAAAGAAUUUACGUGGCUGUUCAGAAGAAUAGUGGCCUGUUUUAGUGAUGUGGGCUACAUAAGACUGCAAAAAAAACCAAUAAAAACACCAAGUAGCCUGACUGAAUGUCAUCAAAGUGAUUAGAGGGACAAAGUAUGCUAAGGACUCCUGCCCUGCUUCUGCUGCUGGCACCCCUACUACUUCAGCUUGCAGAGGGGUGUGGCAGAACUCCCGUGACCAAGCCCCAGGGAGAAGAAGACGUGACUGUUGUAACCCCGACAGAGGACACUGAGUUACAUAGAGACAACUGUACAGACCAGGAAGUCAACACCCAAGGAUGCCUACAAGGGGGAACCUGCUUCGCUGUUGUCAUUGAUUCUAUAAGGGUACUAAAUUGCCAGUGUCCAGACAAUUACAUUGGGACAAGAUGUGAACUAUUUGAUUUCCAUCCUGAUUCUCAAGGAGAGAAUAAAGACAGAAUAGCUACUGCUGGAGUAGCAGUCUUGACUGUGGCUGGAGUGCUGUUUGUCACAGUUCUCAUCUUCAUUGGAGUAUGGAGGAAAAGGUACCUGAGAAAGAAAAGGAGCGAAAAUGAAAAAGACAAAGAAAAAUUACAGGACCCACUGAAAUCCAAUGGAUCUCCAUCAGAAUCUGAGAGUUCAUCAUCAUCUCCAAGGAAGAAUGGUUCCCUCAACAACGAACAGCUUGAGCCAUUCCAGGGCACAAUAGGCAAGGUCAAGGGUGUACCAGUAUAGGGCACAAGUCAAGGUCAUUUUGGGACCUUGAACUCACCAAAAGUAUCUAGGUUCAUUACAAAGAGUGACCUGUGCUACUCUGGACAUUACUGAACUAAACCAGACCGGCAGAUGGGCCAGUUCUUUGACUAGUGAUUAAUCAAAAGUGUGCGAAGAUCAUUUGUAGAUCUGGAAUGAUGGAUAAUUUGUUCUCAGUAAUAUAUUCAACAUCACCAGAAACUGUCAAACCAGGGAAAGAAUGUUUGUGGUGCUAACAUAUCUUUUGGAACUCAAUUGUCAUAUGUCAACUGAUCCAUGUGGAUGUUAAAUUACCUAAUGACAUAAAGAAUGAUAUCACUAGUCGCAAGACCAGACCAAGCAUUAGGCUCUCUUCUGUGGCAGCUUACGCAGAGGUCAUGUGAAGGAAUGACUUCAUCCAUUGCAUGCUAAGUAAAGCUUACAGUCUAUAUCAGGAAGUUUUCACUGUUUUAAAUCAAAUUUUGGAAUAAAAAAUAAGAAAAUAGUCUAUUUAGUAUGUACACACAUAUAGAAUAUAUAUCACCACUGUGAAGGUAAAAUAUCAGUUACUUGUGAUACAAGUUGAAGCUUACAUGUUAACUGGUUUUAGUUCUUCCCACAUUGUGCUGUAAACCAUUAGAACUAUUUGGAUCAUUAUCAUCUAAGGUUGUGCUGUAAAAACAUUAAAACUAUUGGAUCAUUACCAUAUAUGGUUGUAAGUUAGGAUGUCGGUGUAAGAUUCAGGUCACAACACUGUCUAGUCAGCUGUUCCUAGGUAAACCAUGCAGAUACAAGGACUGUAUAUAAAAAUGUAAAUCUUGUCUAUUUCUGUUAUUUUAUUUGUUACCUGUGUAAUAAAUGGAAUAAAGUAAGAUUAUUUAAUUUGCAUUCAUUUACACUAUAGAAAUAUUUGAUGCUGUGAUUCUCUAUUUAUGAAAACAGAAAAAAAAUCUUCUGUUAAAUCAAUGUUUUUGUUCAUUUCUUCUGCUUCUCAAAAUACUGCAUAAUCAUAGAUCCUUUUA